AUGAUACACGAUGAUGGUGGAUUUACACCAGCUCAAAAAUUCUACUAUUUACGGUCAAGUGUUAGUGGCCAGGCGUUAGACCUUAUCAAGUCGGUUCCAAUGACAGAUACAAAUUAUGAGGUGGCAAUAGAACGCCUGAAACAACGGUAUGAUAAUCGCAGUCUUGUCAUUCAGUCACAUAUUCGAUCUCUCCUGGAAUCUCCAUAUGUAGAACAGCCGAGGGCUAAAGACCUGCAAGCUCUACAUGCCCAUGUAAGCACCCAUGUUGCAGCUUUAAAGGCGCUUGAUCAGCCAACGGAGCACUGGGAUGCGUGGCUAGUAACGAUAAUCGUCAGUCGUUUGGAUUCUGCUACUAGUCAUGCCAGUCGAUGUAUAGCUUUCGAGUCUUCCGAAGCAACUUCUGGACCAAUAAAAGAUAUCAGAACUACAUUGGCCGGUGAAACAGCAAAAAAGAGCAAUGCCAAAAAUGUAUUUCCUGAGACAAAGCGAUCUUUAGUGGCAUCAUCCAAUACAGUAUCCUGUAAAUACUGCACUGAUGCUCAUAAAUUGUAUCACUACGAGAAGUUCAAGGCCGCUACUAUAAACACACGUCUCUCAUUUGUUCAGGAAAAACGAAUGUGUUUCAACUGUUUGACUCCUGGGCAUAUGGCAAAUGUUUGCAGAUCCACUUAUAGUUUUCGGACGUGCAACCGCAAACAUCAUUCGUUAUUACAUCAAGAAAGGCAGCAACAAAUACCAGAGAAGGAGCAGCUUGAAAAUAAGCAACCUGAUAUAAAUAAGCAACCUGAUAUAAGUCAGCAGCUAUCUACCUCCGGAGUCGUAGUAUCUGCACCAGUACCAGUGAAUACCACCGCAGAAAAUUCACACGUAUUUCUUGCUACAGCAUUAGUCAUGGUUCAGGACAAAAAUGGUGGACAUCGACAGUGCAGAGCCAGCUUGGAUAGUGGCUCUCAAGUCAACUUCGUUUCAAAGAGUUAUGCAAACUUACUGCAGCUAGCAUGUAAGAAGUCUUCAUUGCCAAUAAGUGGUAUUGGAGACAAUCGUUUAAAGGCAAGGUCGUGCAACUUUCACCGUCCUCAAAGUGUUGACCUACUUAUUGGAGGUGGCUCGUUCUUCGACAUUUUGGGAACAACAAAAAUACCAUUGAAUAUAGGUUCAGUCACGCUUUAUGAGAGUAACUUUGGAUGGCUUGUAACGGGAGAACUGCCUAAACGCCAAACACCAACACUUUUGUCAAUUGGACAGACGAUAGAGGAGGAUUGGAAGGUUCUCGGAAUCGUUGAGGAUACAAGCUAUGGUCGAACAUCAAGGGCGAAUAAGAGAAAUCAAGAAGAGCUAGAAACAGUGCAACAUUUUAAGCAACACACAAUACGUGAUGAGGAACGGCGUUUUGUUGUACGACUUCCCAUCAAGGAGACAAUCAGUGAAAUAGGCGAAACCUUACCUAUGGCGAUCGCACGAUUCUUAAAUGUAGAGAAAAGAUUGCAGCAUGACGAACACCUGAAGAACGAAUACAUACGAUUUAUGAAUGAAUAUAUUAAGAUGGGGCAUAUGGUUGAAGUACUGGAAAAUUCAGUUCAAACGCAGAAUCACUUCUAUCUGCCGCACCAUUCAGUAAUAAAGGCAUCAAGUUUAACGACAAAGGUUCGAGUGGUUUUCGAUGCUUCCGCCAAGAGCGCAUCUGGUGUCUCUCUUAACGACGUUCUGAAAUGCGGUCCUACUGUUCAGCAAGAUUUAUUUUCUAUACUUGUUCGCUUCCGUAAGCAUCAAUUUGUCUUAACUUCCGAUAUAGAGAAAAUGUUUCGGCAAAUCAAAAUCGCAAGAGAAGACUGGGACUUACAAAGAAUUUUUUGGAGAUCCAGUCCUAAGGAAUUACUUCGUUCAUAUCAACUCACUACAGUAACAUACGGAAUGACUCCUGCUUCAUUUCUAUCUACCUAUUGUCUAAUAGAACUCGCGAAAAGUGUCGAAAAGCAAUUCCCGUGCGCUUCAAAAGUGAUUGCCGAAGAUUUCUAUAUGGAUGAUUUAAUGACGGGAGCCGACACCGAGGAUGACUGCUGUCAAUUACAAAGAGAAGUAAGCACAGUGCUAGAUUCAGCAAAGCUACCGUUAAGGAAAUGGUGUUCCAAUUCCGAGUUUGUACUGCAAAACAUGUCUAAGUGUGUUAACGAUCCCUUGUUUGUGUUGGAUAUCGGAGACGAUGACACUGUCAAGUCAUUGGGACUGCAGUGGAAACCAAUUGCCGACCUGUUUCAAUUUGAAAUCGUAUCAAGAUCCAUGGAAGGUACAUUGACAAAAAGAGCUAUACUCUCAGACCUAAACAGAAUUUUUGAUCCACUCGGUUUCCUGUCACCGGUUCUAGUGAAGGGAAAAAUAUUUCUACAACAGCUCUGGUCCACGAAGAUAGAUUGGGAUGCAAGGCUUCCGUUAAACAUACAGGAAAUAUGGGGUAAAUUUUAUGAAGAUCUGGAGCGACUGAAAUAUUUAUCCAUUCCCAGAAAGGCCAUACCUGAACGAACUGAUAUCAUAGAUGUACACGGGUUUUGUGACGCAUCCGAAGAAGCGUAUGCGGCCUGUAUCUACAUUCGUUCUCAGAGCAGCGAUGGAAAAUGGCAUUCCAGACUUCUUUGUGCAAAAACUCGAGUGGCCCCGUUAAAAGAAAAUACAAUACCACGACUUGAAUUGAAUGGUGCCUUGUUAUUAACUGAAUUGGCUCAACGGGUCGCUGAUUCAUGGCAAAUCAAUAUUCAUCAGUUCAAACUAUGGACGGAUUCAACUAUUGUUUUAGGGUGGUUGAAUAGACAAAGCAGCCAGCUAAAAAUCUAUGUUGCCAAUCGAGUAGCUCAAAUUAUGGAUAUUACAGAGGUCAGCCAGUGGAAUCAUAUAGGCACGCAGGAAAACCCAGCAGAUAUCCCUUCAAGAGGUUUAAGACCACGGGAACUGUUAACGGCAAGAUUGUGGUGGAACGGACCUACCUGGUUGGAAAGUGAUGAGAAGGAUUGGAUCUUGAAUCCGAUAACCCAUGAUGAUGAGCUACCCGAAGUACGCAUAGUGAAGCUAGUGCUAUUAGUGAUCAAACCGUUGAAUAGUAUAUAUAGAACACUACUCUGA